GAUGCUGGCGGUACAUGAAAGGAAACAAAUUCUUUACCCCCCCAUUCUGCUAGGGCAAAACAGCACAGCUACGUGAGAACUUUGCAGAAGGCAUAAGUUCCUCCACCCCUUAACCGCUUCUACACGUUUGUACCCCGUCGAUUGUCCCCCAUUUUGUACGUUUACCAAGGCAGAAAUAGUUACAAUCCCCCGUGUAGAAUGCAGAUCACCGCCGCUUAAUUUUUGAUGUGAUAUUUUUCCGAAUUUGUUCGCCUAAUGAAGGGGUAUAAAAUAGGGAAAGAAUCGCCCCCUUUUGCACAUUGCCCCAUUUUGUAGCUUGCCCCACUUUAUGAUGUCAAAUGUAGCGAAUUAUUUCUUUAAAAAUUUCGUUUUAAAAGAGAAAAAUGCAAUCCUGAAAUGUGGUAUGUUGAAAAGAAGGUACUCCAAGAUUACAAGUGUCAAUGUGAAUAACUGGAAUGACAUUCACAGGGAGAUAAUUCACAAAAUCCAUGACAGCGAUUUCGUUUCGAUUGACGUGGAGUACACAGGGCUGCAUCUAAAGGAUGAGAGGUACAUAUCUAUUGAUUCCAGUUAUGAAGCCCAUUGUUAUGGAGCCAAAUCUUUUUUCCCUUGCCAAAUUGGAAUCACCGUGGCGAGGAAGAAUGACACAGUGGAGAAGGAGAAACGAGUAGCAGACGGAGGGGGGAAAAAAGAAAAGGAACAACUUCGUAAGAUGAAUAUACACAAUAUUAAAGUUUCAAGACAAGGGAAUGAACAAGUAGACCACAAGUACUGCUUAAAGGGUAACCAAGAGUGGGACAUAUCACCCUACUGCAUUUAUGUUUUUCCAAAGGAAAAUAAGUACUUCAGUGUAUCCACAACUACUCUCAUUUUCUUAAAGGAAAAUAAUUUCGAUUUUAACGAGUGGAUUUGUAAUGGUGUUGGUUAUUUAACGCCACCUGAAGAGGAAGAAAAGAAAAAAAAUAUCUUCGAAAAAAUCGACGAGCUAAAAAAUUUGAUGAAUAAAUGUAACACUAAAACGGGGGAUGCCAAAGACAAAGAAUUGGAUGACAGAAAAAAAAAAGUAGAUGUAGAGAAAAUCAUUCAAGAGAUAGAAAAUUAUAAAAUUGUGGACGACGAGGAUAAGGAAGCCGUGAUUGAGAUAAUAAGGAAGAUUGGGAUUUGGCUCACUCGCGGGGAUAUGCCCCAUCCUGAGGGGAGGUUCACUCACGGAGAAGGGGAUAAAACAAAAUCGCUGGAGAAGACCAACUGUGCAGAUGGGAGAUCAUUACACCGGUCGGAAGAUGUGGGGGAGCCCCAUUCGAAUCACAUCAAUGCAACCUUUCAACGAGAUGGCAGCAACGGGGGGAAUUGCAACGGUGUGUACACGGAUUACGUCCAUGGAGGGGGGCGGCGUGAAGAAGAAAGUGCCACGUUCAGGGGAAGCACUUCCGGUUUGACAGAAUCUGAAAGUAAUGGCCAUGUUACUUCUGCCCAUCUAAACAGUGGUGAUAUCCCAUUGGACUGUAAGCAUGUAGGCUCAUCCCUCGGUGAGUUAAACCAAGGGGAGGUAGUUAGGAUGGACUUCCCACCCAGGGCAAAGCCAAACGAUGAUCCAUCGGAUUGUCCCCUAUACAUAGAAAUAGAGAACCCGUACCUGCGGUUACUUGCGCAUACGUUAAUAACGAAAUAUUUCAGCGGCAUUUUCUGCAUAUCCGUUAAGGUGAAUGAUAAGAAGCAUUUGGCCGUCUAUCGAACGGAAAGGGAUUCGUACAAGGAACAAAUUAGGGCACUAGAAUUGGAGAUAGAGAAAAUAAACCAAACAGUUGGAGUGAGGUUGCUAUUUGAUGAAAUUAUAAAAAAUAAAAAAAUCAUCAUUGGCCAUAAUUGCUUUUAUGACAUCCUACACAUUUAUCAGACCUUCUAUCAUGAGCUGCCAAAUUCGAUUAGCCUUUUUAAGAAUAAAUGGACUGAAUUAUUUCCCUACACAUUUGAUACUAAGUACUUGAACGAAACGAAUGAAUAUUUAUAUGCGCUGAAUGGCCCUGCAACUUUGAAGGGGUUAUGUGAGUACAUGGCUUCCCUAAUUUCGGCCAGCAACGAUUUCGAUUUUGUUUUUAAUUUUACGAAUGGCCAUUCGGACCUCCCUCAGUGUUUUAUCCCACUUGUAAAGUUGGGGGAUCAACCAAGUGAUGCAGUGGGUGAUUUUCUUGGCACCACAGAGAGGUGCGCUUCCAUCGAUGCGAAAGAAGAGGCAAAAAGACGCGCAGAUAAUGAACAUCCUAUCCGUUGGGAUGUAGAAGAAGAAAAUAUGCAUCCCGAUGAAACAGUAUUAGCGCUCCCCCAAGGAAAACGCCACGACUGUCAGGCAAACGCCAAAACGAGUGACGAACACAACGCAGGUUAUGAUAGCCUCCUAACAUGCCUGCUUUUCAUUUUCCAGUGCCACUACAUUUUGAGAAAAAAUGAUAUGAUGUGGAAAAACAUCUACUUUAGUAAAACCAAAAGCACGAACGAAAGCGUGAAAUCCUUUUUUGACAUUUUUUUAAGUAUGUGUAAUAAAAUAAAGAUUGUAAAAACGCAGCCGAAUGUGGUGUCGCUCACUAGUGCGGAAAACUACGAAAUGGCGAGACAUUUUUACAUGUAUGAUUAUCCGAGCUAUUUUAAAAAAUGGGAGAUUAUGAAAAUUUGGUCCCCUAUUUGGAUCUCUCUAAGUAAGGUAGAUGACCAGUCGUGCUGGAUAAUAGCCAAAAGUGACGACGACGCGAAAAACAUUAAGAUGAUAUAUAAGAUGCUGCAGAACCCGCAGUUUAAGCUGUGCACCUACGAGGAGUACCUAAACAAGUUUAAGUCCAAGUAG